ACAUGUUACAUUGACAAAAAUAGCCCUUUUCCUUUUGUAUCUAUAAUAAUAACACUAUACCUCCCCUCAGUCUUGUACACCUUCGCCACUGAACUGGAAAACCAACCAAACAUGGCGUCCAUACUUGUCCUCUUCCUAUUCCUCUUCUCCGCCUUAUCAUCAGCAGCGGAGAUGUCCAUCCUAACUUACGGUACUGAUGAUGAGAUGUUGGCUUUUUACGAUUCGUGGCUACUCCAGCAUGGAAAGUCCUACAACAGUCUUGAUGAAAAACAUAAACGUUUUCAGAUCUUUAAGGACAACUUAAAAUACAUUGAUGACCAAAAUGCUAUACCCAAUCGGACUUACAAGCUGGGUUUAACCCAGUUUGCAGAUCUCAGAAACGAAGAGUACAGGUCCAUGUACCUGGGUACUAAGACCACCCAUGGUCGACGUAGGUUGUCAAGUGACCGUUAUGCUCCUAAGGUCGGAGAUACCUUGCCUGAGUCAGUUGAUUGGAGAGAGAAAGGUGUUCUUGUUGAUGUUAAAGAUCAAGGAAAGUGUGGGAGCUGCUGGGCCUUCUCAGCAAUUGCUGCUGUUGAAGCAGUGAACAAAAUAGUGAGUGGUGAUCUGAUAUCACUUUCUGAGCAGGAGCUGGUUGACUGUGAUACUAUCCAUAACUCAGGUUGUUCUGGAGGUCUAAUGGACUAUGCUUUUGACUUCAUUAUCGGCAAUGGUGGAAUUGACACUGAGGAAGAUUACCCUUACAAAGGCAAGGACGGCAGAUGCGACCAAAAUAGGAAAAAUGCUAAGGUUGUCACCAUUGAUGGGUAUGAAGAUGUUCCUGCUUACAAUGAAAAUGCACUUAAAAAGGCUGUUGCAAAUCAACCUGUAAGUGUUGCCAUUGAAGCAGGUGGCAAGGACUUCCAGCACUACAGCUCGGGUAUCUUUACUGGAAAAUGUGGAACUGCAGUGGACCAUGGUGUGGUUGCUGUGGGAUAUGGUAGUGAAAAUGGUACGGAUUAUUGGAUCGUUAGGAACUCAUGGGGUGCUUCUUGGGGAGAAAAGGGAUACCUCAGGAUGCAGCGUAACGUUGGCAGUUCAAGUGGCUUGUGUGGAAUUGCCAUAGAGCCUUCUUACCCUGUCAAAACGGGCCAAAAUCCCCCAAACCCUGGUCCUUCUCCUCCAUCUCCAGUGAAGCCGCCUAAUACUUGUGAUGAAUACUAUUCAUGCCCAGAGGGCUCCACCUGUUGUUGUGUCUUUGAGUUCUCUAAGUACUGCUUUGCUUGGGGUUGCUGCCCGUAUGAAGGAGCCGUCUGCUGCAAGGAUCACAAUAGUUGCUGCCCACAUGACUAUCCUGUUUGCAAUGUUAGAGCAGGCACCUGCUCACUCAGUAAGGACAAUCCACUAGGAGUGAAGGCAAUGAAGCACAUUCUUGCCAAACCCAUUGGGGCUUUCGGAAAUGAGGGAAAGAAGAGCAGUUCUUAAAAUCUCUCAAAGGCUGUUGGACGGAGAGAUGGCAAAAGCGGCCAAUGGAGAGUGUGUAUAAAUCAUGGUUGGCGACCUCAUUUGUAUAUUGUUCUGAAGACCUCUCGUUCCCAGCGAAAAGUCGUAGAAAGAAUUUAUCCAUAAUCAAGGAUUACAAAGAUCCUAAUGAUGAUUAAUUUGUAUAUAAUGCUUCUUUAUGGCUUGCACUGCAUUAGAACCAAGAUUAAAAGGAGAUAUCAUUCUUCUUCCUUGACUAAUUAUGUGCCUAGUCCUUAUUUCUCAGCAUUGAUCACUAAAGUGCUGCUUUUGUUGCGUACUUUAUUGUUCCAUCCGCUUCUUGCACUUCGUUUGAUAAUAAUAACGAAGACUAUAUUUACUAAA